UCUGCUUGUUCUAGUGAUAAACUGAGGCCUUGCCUCUCGGCUUCUCCCAGAACGAAAGGGGCGGGGGUGGGGGGUAACCUCUUUACUACCCCCAGGAUAGACAGAAAGAAGUGAUGAAGAAGGGGGAUGGGUAAGGAAGAGAAAAAUACCUGAGAAAGAAAACAUUCUCUGCCUGGGAGGAGACUGACGGGGUGUAGAGCUUGGAGGGAGCAUUCACUGGCCAUGCCAGUACUUACCACUGAUGCUGAGUCAGAAACAGGUAUCCCAAAAUCCCUUUCCAAUGAGCCUCCCUCAGAAACCAUGGAGGAAAUAGAGCACACAUGCCCACAGCCUCGACUGACUCUGACUGCUCCUGCCCCAUUUGCAGACGAAGUCAGCUGCCAGUGCCAAGCGCCCCAUGAAAAACUGACCAUUGCUCAGGCCCGCCUAGGAACACCAGUUGACAGACCCGUCAGAGUAUAUGCCGAUGGGAUAUUUGACCUCUUCCACUCAGGCCACGCAAGGGCACUUAUGCAAGCAAAAACACUGUUUCCCAACAGCUACUUAUUAGUAGGAGUUUGCAGUGACGACCUUACCCACAAAUUCAAAGGUUUUACCGUGAUGAAUGAAGCAGAGCGAUACGAGGCUCUCAGACACUGUCGCUAUGUGGACGAAGUCAUCAGAGAUGCUCCAUGGACACUCACACCAGAGUUUUUGGAAAAACACAAGAUUGACUUUGUGGCCCAUGAUGACAUUCCGUACUCAUCUGCUGGCUCAGAUGAUGUUUACAAGCACAUAAAGGAAGCAGGAAUGUUCGUUCCAACGCAGAGAACAGAAGGCAUCUCAACAUCAGAUAUCAUCACCAGAAUUGUCCGAGACUAUGAUGUGUAUGCCCGUCGUAACCUCCAGAGAGGGUACACAGCAAAGGAACUGAAUGUCAGCUUCAUAAAUGAGAAGAAAUACCGCUUUCAAAACCAGGUAGACAAGAUGAAAGAAAAGGUUAAGAAUGUGGAGGAAAGAUCGAAGGAAUUUGUUAACAGAGUGGAAGAAAAGAGUCAUGAUCUAAUUCAAAAGUGGGAAGAGAAGUCAAGGGAAUUCAUUGGCAACUUCUUAGAACUGUUUGGGCCAGAUGGAGCAUGGAAGCAGAUGUUCCAGGAGAGGAGUAGCCGGAUGCUUCAGGCCCUGUCCCCGAAGCAGAGCCCCGUGAGCAGCCCCACCAGGAGCCGGUCCCCUUCCCGCUCCCCGUCGCCCACCUUCUCCUGGCUCCCGGUCAAAACCUCACCCCCCUCCUCGCCCAAAGCUGCCUCAGCCUCCAUCAGCAGCUUGAGCGAGGGGGAUGAGGAUGAGAAGUAAAGGCUGCUGACAGACACAGGAGCCACACCACACAGGCUGGGGAGGAGGGCGGGGACACUGGGCAUGCCUGGGUGGUGGGUGUAUGAAAGGUUAAGAGUUGCAGGGGCUACAGCUUAGCAGGGAGAACCUGGGAAGGUCUGGAGACUUCAGUCUUCACUCAGCCCAACACCUGGGCCCUGCAUGGAGGUUUCCAGCUGGACAACCUAUAAACUUCAUUAGCAUCAUGUAGAAUCGCUGUACUUUAACCUUGCUAAGGAACGAUGCAGAGCACCCCGGGAGACUUGCACCCCAUGGGGUGCAUCCUGCUUUGGUCUCUACACCUACCCCCACCAAGUGCACCACGUGUGGAAGCGGCUGUUCCCUCAACCCGCUACUUCCGGUUCUUAAGGGCCCUGCACGUUGCCCCCUGCCACCGCAGCUCUGCCAGAAUUCACCUGUCCCCAAUAGAGACAGUUGCGUCCAAGGCAAAUGCCAACCUUCUCAGUUCAGCCACUGAGACCCAGCGUCGUAAUGCAUCUGUUCUUUCCUGUCCCAGAAAUGAGAGCGCCACGGACGGCCUGAUGUGCUCCUGGUGGUACUUUCGCACCAUCGCUUUCACUUCAUUGCUUUUCCCUGUCACCAUCGUCUGUGGGAAAUGCAAUAAAGAACAACACUGUCUCGGAAAGGCCAGUGGAGCUGCUCUGCCUUGGCUUCCCCCAUUUCUGACCCGUUAGCCUUUUCAUGGACCUCAAGUGACAGUUGGAUGUACCAAACUACACAGUAUACCAACAGGGGGUGCUACCUGCAUGUGUCUGUUCUCGAACAUGCCAUCCAGGGUGCAGACCAUAUACAACCCGAGAACAGACUCUUCUCCUGCUCUCACUCUCACAAGCCCGGUGAAAUCCUCGGUCUCCAGGCCUCUCUGGUUCCCUUGUGACUUGGGCACUUCGACAGCAGUUCACCCUGGGGCCCUGUAGAAAUGUCUGGACCAGCCAGGAAAUCCAGGUGCUGUUCUCCUGGCUUCCCAUCAGAGUUUGGAGUGAAGGGAGGCUCUGAAAGAGUUUCACGGAGCACUGUGGGAACCUAAGUUCUGAGCUCAGCAUCGCAGUGGUCAGGGAGUAUUAUACUCACCCCUGGCCCUAGGUUUGCCAAA